AUGAAAUUUCCCGUUUUCGAGUUUAUUAAAAAGUUUAUAUUUUACUUGUUUAAAGAGGCCACUAACGCCGGCGGAAAAGCAUCUUGCUUUGGUAGGAAGAAUUACAGGGAAAAGCUUAAAGCUAAUAAUCCAGAAAAAUAUGAGGAGAUAAAAAAGAAAGCUACUGAAAAUGCUUUGAGACACAAAAAACAAAUUGAUGAAACGAACGAAAAUUUAAAAAAUGUAUUAAUUAGACUUAAGCAACUAGAAAAUAGUAAAACAUUGACUGAGAGUGAAGAAGCCAGUAUGAUGAGACAAAAUAGAGCUAAGUACACUCCAAGGAAGAAAGUUGAAGAAUUUAUUAGUGAAAACAUUCCUCAUAUUGAAACACCAAAGAAAGAAGUUAUUAAACAAAACUAUUGGAGCAUGAUGUUUUGA